AUGGGUAGCUGUGUAUCUUCUCCUUCUGCUCAACAACUGCCAAACAAAGUGGAAACACAAACGACCAAUAAGAGGACACAAAAGGUGGCGAAUACUAGCAAGCCAUCUGUUACAAAGCCACAGAAGGUGCACACCGUGGGUUCUACCUCCAAGUUCGCACCUCAAGGGAAGAAAUUAUCAGAAGCUACAAAUACAUCGAAUCAAGAUGAGGACCCCCGUGAGGCCGCUAGAAAGGCAGCUGAAGUGCGAUAUGAGCAGCAGAUGACUAAACAAGGAGCCUUGGGGAAGAAACUUGAGGAAGAGAGAAAGAAGACGCAUUCAACCUUUUUGAAAGAACAGGCGGAUGCAGCUGAUAAGAAAACUACGCCUCUUGUAUACGAUUAA